CCGAAGCUAGUAGAGCGAGAUCCCAUACGCCAGUAUCUCUUUUCUUCAGUGUUAUUUGUACAACGACUUUGCUUUUAGUCUCCGUACCCGUUUGGCCAAGUCUCUUAAAUUCUCGUUCUUGCUCCACAUGCGGUCAUCUUAUCCCUCGUAGGCUUGCUUUGCGAGCUGAUGGCCUACGUUAUAGGCUUGAUUUCACGCCGUUUUCGACCUAAUUUCGAAUAACAAUCACGACAGGCUCGAACAAUGAUAACUUCAUAUCGCAAAAAAUAAAAUAAUUUCCUAUCCAAUCCUGGAAAUCCCACUCGUUUCUCCAGCCAUGACAGAAAAACGAGACUGAUUGACUCGGUUCGUUCGCCAGCGAAUCCUUCACUCGACGACGAUAUCUCGCGACCCUCCUUCCCAUCAUGAACGUGCCCUCGAGGAAGGCGAGUGUCCGUAACUGAUAAGGCGGUUAAAAGUGAACAGACAUCUGUUUUUUGUGGUUCCCCUCGGACCAGAGACAGGAUUCUCGCGUCGAAAAAAAGAGUGAAGAGGAAAUCCGCGGGAAAAAUUACUUGGAAUCCAGGAUGGGUCGAAUAAGAAUCAGACUUUGGUACUGGUUACUGGCUGUGGCUGCAACGACCGUUUUUGGCAAAUCUGUAGCCGCCAGAGAGUCCCGCAAAGAACCAGACCUAGCCACUUCCUCCCUGGGAGGCAACCUUCUCGGGGAACCGACGUCCUCACCCCUUGGUGGUGGUAGUCAGGGAAACCAGCGAGAGAAAGGAGACGUCUCAAAGACUGCUGGUAUCGAUAUCGACUACGACUACUUCAUGUUCGGAGUCCAGAAAGCCGUCUCUGAUGAGGAGAAAAAGCAGAGGGACCAGAAAGUCGAUGCCCCUCAGACGAGAGGCAAGAAGAAUCCUGCGGAGGAUCUCCCUGGGCAUUCUGAGGCCUCUAAGGACCACGAAUACUCAUACUACAGUUAUGAUGAUGAUGGCGCCUCUCACGUUGAGUACGAAACACGCAGAGGGGGCCAUCGGUCACGACCCCUUUUCGGUUUUCUAUGAUUCGCUUUUUCCCGUCAUGGACGAAAUGGAAGACGGCCCCACCCGGGAAUGACCAGGAUAAGACCGUGUUCCCGAAAGCGUCCACGGAAUCCCCUCAACAACAGGGGCAGUUCGUGUCGACACCGCCGGCACCUCCAUCAUCCCAUAAAAUGCCGUCGGCCUCACUGAAACCCAUCCAGGGAACACGACCUAAGCACCCUCCCCCUCCCCCUCCCCCUCCUCAUUAUCGCCGUAAUAAUUCAGCCCCCUAUCGACACAACGAGAGGGUCCCUCGUCCUAGACCAGCCGCUCUCAAACCAGUGCCAUUCACGAAGACCCCCAACAUCACGAAACCCAUGGACUUGUCCCACCUGAAAGUGCUUUUGCCCAAGAUCCUCGAGAAGUUCGGCCUACCGAAAUCCUUCGGCGAGAAGCUCUUCCAGAACGAAGCCGCUCUGCAGGACACGAUCCUCCAGAUCAUGAAGGACAAGGCCUUCCGCAAUGCCCUGGGCAUGAUCCCGAAGAUGGACCUGCUGAACGCGGACAUGACCAGCCUACUGAGUACCCUGAGUUCCCUCGACCCGACGAUCAUCAUGAACCUCUUGAAGAAUGCUGACUUGUCGAAGGUCACUUCUCUCAUGUCUAGCCUGGGCAUAGACACUUCGUAUAUCAGCGGAGUUUUUAACAGGGCUGGGGCAGCGGCGGAGUAUUCCACCAAGGACGGUGGUGACGACGACAGCAAACUGAUCUACAUCCCUAUCCUGGACACGGGCUCCGUGAACAACGUCCAGGUCCUCGGCUUCAUCGUCAUCCUGUUUUUCCUCCUCACGACGGCGUACGCCUACUUGGAGUACGGCGCUUUUGCUACGGCCAGAAAAGAGAGGCCCGUCCACCAACUAGUCACUAACGAGCAGGUCUUAGGUUACGGGGACACGUCUGAAAUCUGGCUACCCGUGGUAGAAGCCAUCGAGGAAGAGACCCCCUGGAAUCCCCCGCCGCCCAUCCAUAUCCUUCAGCCUUCCCCUACAGAGCCGCCACCACCAGCACCACGCCCACCUACAUUACCCCCUCGCCCGUACACAUUGCCACCGCGCCCACCUACAAUGCCAUCGCGCAGACUCAUAGUACCACCUCGUCCACCAACGGCGUUAUUACCGCCGAGACAGAUCAUCACGGCGGCUCCGAAGAGAGCCACUCUGCCCCCGCCUCGCCCCCGACCUGUCUACCGACCCAUCAGGCGUCGGUUCCGUCCAAAGCUCCGGAGAAGGUACCAGCACCAGCACCAGCACCAGCAGCAGCAGCAGCAGCUGCAGCAGCGGUACCAGCCGACGACGAAGAACGACAGUCCUCUGUACCUGGACUCGCAGGAGAUCCGCCACUUAACUCGCAGGAGACCUGUCUAUAGGCCUAGGGUAGACCGACUGGAACCAGUGUACUACGACUACUAUGACGACUACUACGAAGACGACGACAAGCACGAUUCCGACGACUACCUGUACGAGGACGACUACGAGUAUUACGAUCAGGGGUCGUAUCGGGAGACUGGUGAGCCUUCUAGGUCGGUGGGCGCCAUCAACUACAAGUACUACCCGGCGACGAAGAGGCCAGAGGACCAUCCGUAUUCCUACUACAGCUUCCCGGGACCGAGGGCCUCUGAAGGGACCAAAAAGACCACGACGCCCAAAAGCACCACCACCACUACCACUAGUACUACCACUACUACCACAACACCAAGCACUACUACCACUACAACGCCAUCAACACGUCCCACCAGCAGGUACGCCGACACCAUCAGAACGGCUCAGCCGCCCUUCUCUUCCCUCAGAGAAUAGGUGAGGGCCAGAGGUCGCCCAUCCCAUAGGCCUCCUAAGGGCCAGAGGUCGCCCAUCCCAUAGGCCUUCUAAGGGCCAGAGGUCGCCCAUCCCAUAGGCCUUCUGAGGGCCAGAGGUCACCCUUCCCAUAGGCCUAGUGCUAUCUUCCGACGCGAUUCUUGUGUUGAAAACGCAAGAACAGUAAUCAAAGUUGUUCGGUGAACUCUAAUCAAGAAUAUAAAUAAAAGAAAUAAAAAAAAACGAAAGAAAAAAUUCGCUAAUGAUCUCCAGCUUCGAAGAUACAGGCGAAGGCAUUGUUACAACCAUAUAAUUUAUUUGUUCGUUAUUUAUUGUGUAUUUAUUGUUAUUGUUUCUGUCGUGUUGUUGAUUCUUUACUGUCGUUGUUUUGUUUGAUUUUUUGGCGUUGUUGUUGCUUGACGAACCACUGAAAGUGGUACGACGUACCAGUACAUAAUACUCUUUGCAUAGUGAUAAGGAGCGUGUCAUUCUUCCAUUGGAGGCUAUGACAGCUUAGUUUAAGAAUACGUCUCUGAGUUGCUUCGAAAAUAUCUUGAGUGAAAUGCCAGUAUACUCUCAGCUAAUUCGUUUCAACUUUGCUUUUUAGAAUUCCGAUUUAUCUGUUUCACGUUUGACAGUUUUUAUGAAGUGUUUUUUUUUUCUCUCUUUUUUUUUAAAGAUAGCGGCUGUGAUGCUUCCCUUAGUACAAUAUCCUUUGAUUAUUUUUUUCGACUUUUUUUUUCAAUGUUUCAAUGAGGAAGUAUAUUCCUUUUGAUCGGUGACCUAUAUCCUAUAACUACUCAUUAUGACGUUUCAGCUUUACCUCGUAAGUGACGUGGAAAAUAAGUGGUUUUUUUUGGGGGGGUCCUUCCAUUCUAAGCUUAAUUCUGUGUAUUUCCGAUUUUUUUUUAGUUCGUUUAGCUGUACAAGUGAUGAGCAACGCUCGACACGAUCUUCCAUGAUCGUUACUGUGCGUUCAACCUCUGCUAUUUCCCAUCAAAUACUCUACAAGCCAAAUUCAGCUUAAUUAGCAUAUGCAAUAGAUGUCAUUUUUUAAUUCUCUGGGUCUUAUGUCGAUGUUGAUUACUGAUUGUCGUUGUUUCAGGAUUGAUUUAAUAGAAUAAAAUCAUAAUUCUAAAAAUGUACAUAUAGAUACAAAACUGGUUACCCGUUCCCCGUACAUUUUGACGACUAAAGUAUAUUAAUUAGCUAAAGUAAUAGAUUAAUCUUGUAUGCAUAAGAAAAAUCAAAUGAUUCGUAAAUGUGAGAUUUUUUCUUACUGAAUAUUUCUGUUCCUUCACAAGUGAAAUUAAAACAUUUAAAAAAAUGAGAAUUUCUUAUUUAUCCGAAGAGUCUUAAAUAUUUAUAAAUACGUAGCUCCUAUGCUUAUUAAAUGACACUUGAAUAUUUAUCGGAAUACACUGCAAUGUUUAUCAAAGGGGACUGCAAUGUUUGUCAAAUGUAACCCACUGGAGUUUAUCAAGUGAGCCUCGACAAUAUUUACGAAACGAAACUAGUAUUUGUUAGACGUAUAUUUAUAAGUUGAUACUCUGCUCAUCAUAAUGAAACUGUAUACUUUAUCAAAACAGAUAUGUUUUUCAAAUAAGACUGAAAAAUUCUCAUCAGACGAGACACUGCGAAGGUCAUCAAAUGAUCAAAUGAGUCUGCAAUGUUUGUUGAAUGAGAAUCUGUAAUGUUUAUCAAAUAGGAGUCUAAUGUUUAUCAAAUCAGAAUCUAUAAUGUUUAUCAAAUACGAGUCUGUAUUGCUUAUCAAAUGAGAAUCUGCAAUGAUUAUCAAAUACUAGUCUGUAAUAUUUAUCAAACGUGAUUCUGUUUUGCUUAUCAAAUGAAAAUCUGUCAUAUCUAUCAAAUUAACAUCGAUGAUUUUUGUCAGAUACUGAUCUUUAAUGUUAAUGCAAUAUGAGUCUAUAAUGUUUACCGAACGAGAAUCUAUAUUGUUUAUCAAAUGAG